AUGUUUGUAUGCACGUACAUACAAAAUGAUGAUGAAGUUGUUUUGUAUGUUUGUAUGUUCGUACAUACAAAUGAUGAUGAAGUUAACGAAGGACUUCUGCCCGUUCUCUUGUUCAUACAUGGAUACAACUUCGAAGAAGGAACUGGAAAUGCAUACGACGCUUCGGUCAUCAGUUCAUUCGGCCGCAUGGUCGUCGUCACUAUCAACUACAGACUCGGUCCCCUGGGUUUCUUGAGCACCCAGGACGGUACCAUUCAUGGCAACUUUGCAGUUUUGGACAUCAUGGCGGCUCUACACUGGAUCCAAAUCAACAUCAAAUCAUUUGGCGGGAAUCUGAACAACGUCACCCUAUUGGCUGAAGGUCACGCCACCUCAUUGGUCCACAUCUUGUUGGUCACUCCAGUGGCCACAGUUAAUCACCUCUUCAACAAAGCCAUCCUUGUUGGCGGCUCCUCGUUUGCCACCUGGGCCACCACCGACCACCCGACCUACUACGCCAAACUUCUUGCCGACGCCUUAAAUUGUUCCGUUGUCGAU